AUGUGGAUGUGGUUGCACUUCAAUGUUGUCGUUCCCAGUCUCCCAGGCUUCUGCUGGUCAGAUGGACCAAAGAGGCGUGGCUGGACGAUGAAAGACACCUCAAGGGUCUUUCACAAGCUUAUGCUCCAACUUGGGUACGACAAGUAUGCUGUGCAAGCUGGCGACUGGGGACAGUUCGUUGCACGGGAGCUUGGAGCCCAAUACUCUGACUCCUGUCGGGUAGUGCAUCUCAAUUACUGCCCAGGUGCUCUUCCGCAAGAUGUCGCGCCCACUGACCGCGAGAUGAAGUGUAAAGCCAAAGGCGAAGACUGGAGAACCAACCACGUCGGCUAUGCAGUGCUGAUGCGCACUCGCCCUCAGACCUUGGGCUGGAUGCUGAUCGACAAUCCGAUAGGCCUUCUUGCAUUCGUCGGAGAAAAGUACGAAGAAGCUGCAUCACCUUCGGUCUCAUCGCAGACACACUGGCUCGACCACGUCAUCACCACCGUGGUACUAUACUACUUCACCCGCUGCAUCAUGACCAGUUGCCUGCCAUACUACGAGAACGUUCCUCACCAUCAAUUCGCAGACUACGCCAUGAAGGAGGAAAACCUCAUCAGGUGUCCUUUUGGUUACACCAGCAUGUGGUACGACACUGCACCGAACAGCAAACGCGCCGUGGAACGGACUGGUAACCUGGUUUUCUACAGCGAACGCGAUUCCGCCGGCCACUUUGCGUGCCUUGAAGACCCUAAAGGCAUCACCGAAGAUGUAAGGGAAGUCGUACGCAGGCAUUGGGUCGGUGAUAACGGCGUAAAUAUAUCAACAGUCCUGGCAGCCUGA